AUGGCAGCCAACACCAAGGUCGAAGAGUACCGAGCGCUGUACGAUUCAUACCUCCAACACUGCAAUUCACACAGCUUUGAGGGAAUGGAAGAAUUUUAUACCUCGCCUUUAAACGUCAACGACGAGCCCUGGGACCCAAAGAAAGUCACAGCGCAGUUUGAGCCGCUGGUGACUGCGUUUCCCGACUGGCACUGGGAGUUGAGGCAUCUUACGAUUGAAGGGGAUUAUCUUGCGUGCCAUUUUAAAGUUACGGGGACGCAUAAGGGGAGUUUUCAGGGAAUUGAGGCUACGGGGCGGAAGAUUGCGACGACGCAGUUUACGUUGUAUCAUGUUGUGGAGGGGAAUAAGUUUGGGGAUGUUUGGGAUCUUGUGGAUAUAGAGUCUGUAGUGAAGCAGAUCUCUUGA